AGUAACUUUGCCGCCAUGUUCAUAAAUAUGGCUGCCUUGUUGUUGGCGACUGUUGGGUGCUUGUUUAGAAAUUAAUGUUUGUUUCUUUCGUUUAUUAUGAUUUCAAUUAACUGCAUUUGUAAAAUAUUGCAGCUUAGGGCGGAUAACAUAAUUUAUUGAUUUUAUUUAACCGAGAGACCCACAGUUGUCCGAGAGGAGAGCUUUUUUUUAUAAAUGAGCCCCACCUAGUAAUAUAAGCUUGUAGCUAUCAUAAGCAGUUCUAUUUGUAGAGGAGUUGGAUAAUUUUAUUAUGUCCAAGAUGUGGCCGGCGUCGCAGUAUUCCCAUAGCAAUGCGCCCAUCCCCAACAAUGCAGGAAAACCGAAUGAACAUCAGAACCAACAAAAUUUGAAGACCUUGGGCAUGACCUCAGCCAUUUCCAUGGCAGGUCCGAAGCCCAUUGAUAUAGAAAAAACCACAGAACUAAAACAAUCCCUGAUUCCAUAUGGAGUCUUUGAAUCUGAGCAAGAGAUGCAUCAUAGGAUGGAAGUGCUGGGUGCCCUGCACAGACUUGUGAGACAAUGGAUCAGAGAGGAAUCUAUGCGGAAGAAUAUGCCUCCUACCGUAGCUGAUACCGUUGGAGGAAAUAUUUAUACAUUUGGAUCUUAUAGGCUUGGAGUGCACCAUAGAGGUGCCGAUAUUGACGCGCUGUGCGUUGCCCCGCGUCACAUAGACAGGAUUGACUAUUUUGCGUCGUUCUACGAGUUAUUGAAGGCGCAACCUCAGGUGAAGGAUCUGCGAGCUGUAGAGGACGCAUUCGUGCCCGUCAUCAAGAUGAAUUUCGAUGGAAUUGAGAUUGAUUUGCUUUUUGCCAGGCUGGCACUUAAGGAAAUACCUGAUUCCUUCGAUCUUCGCGAUGAUAUGCUCUUGAAAAACUUAGAUCAGAAAUGUGUGCGUUCGCUAAACGGAUGCAGAGUAACCGACGAGAUUCUCCGCCUCGUACCCAAUAUAAACAACUUCAGGCUUACUCUACGCGCCAUCAAGCUGUGGGCUAAACGUCACGGCAUAUAUUCAAACACUCUAGGAUACCUGGGCGGCGUGUCAUGGGCCAUGUUGGUAGCCAGGACCUGUCAGUUGUACCCCAACGCACUGCCUGCGACAUUGGUGCACAAGUUCUUCCUGGUGUUCAGCCAGUGGAAGUGGCCACAACCAGUUCUCCUGAAGCAACCUGAUUCCGUCAACCUUGGGUUCCCCGUGUGGGAUCCUAGAGUAAACAUUUCCGACCGCUUCCACCUUAUGCCUAUCAUCACACCAGCGUACCCGCAGCAGAAUUCCACUUUCAACGUAUGUGCUUCCACCAGGACUGUUAUUAUGGAGGAGUUUAGAAUUGGUCUAGCCAUAACUGAUGAAAUAAUGCUCGGCAAAUGUGGAUGGGAGCGUUUGUUUGAGGCCCCCAACUUUUUCUCGCGGUACAAGCAUUUUAUAGUGCUCCUGGCUUCCUCGGCCAGUCCAGAUGACCAGCUACAGUGGUGUGGACUUAUUGAAAGCAAGAUCCGACAUCUAAUCACAACACUGGAGCGUAACACCCACAUCACGAUUGCACACGUCAACCCGGAGUGUUACAACUCGGUGCCGCUGAACACAAACAACGGGCAGCCUCUAGCCUUGCCGCCAGGAGCACCAAUGCCAGCAGACCCAUCGCCAGAAGUUAAAAAGAAUGAAAAUGUAAGAGUAUGCCAUAUUUUUUGGUACAAUUUUAUCUUUUUUUAUUAUAGGAUGUUGGUUAUUUUGUAUGGAUUGUGAUCCUUCUUCUUUGCAAUGUUAUUACAGGCGCGCCAUGUCCGACGUAAGCAGCUGCACCAGUACCUCUCCGCCUCCUUACUGCGUCGCGAGCGGACCUCCUCCGGCACUAAGCGCAAGAUACACGACCGUCCGCCACCACCGCCUGGACCUCAAAAGAAGACCAAACGACUCUCCGAGAGCAGCACGGAGGAAGUCGGCGUAUUAUCAUACAAUGAGGACUCCAACUCGUCUAACGUAUACGAAGUGAACUUACACAACGGAGCGGCGCAACAUGCAGGGACCGAGGCGGAGAUCGCGCGACCGAAGCCCGCCGCAGACAAGGCUGAGCAUCCACCUUCCACAUCAAACUCCAUCGCCUGUACGUAGCAGUACGAGGAAUGGCGUACCAGGUUCAUUUAUGGAACCGCCAACGUCAAGCUCACCAGAAAACGUGUGUAAAUGUUAGACAGUGAACUAAGUGAUCAACAGACUUAUGUGAUUAUAGUGUGUAAGAACUUGUGAUAGUUAAGAUUCGAACAAUUAUUGCAAUUUUAAUGGUGCAAGUAUGUGACGUUUUGGUGUUGCCCUGCUGAUUAGGACUGACGGUUUCAUAAUGAUGUGAUACGGGGACAACGCAUCGUGGCUGCGUAAGUUAUCAAAAUAUCAUUAGACAUUAUAAAGGAAAAAGUAAAAAAAAAAAUGUUUUAGAGGUAUAAAGUGAUAUGAUGAAGGUCCGUAUUAUUGUACGAGAUAUUCGGGUGUUGUUUAUUUGCAGAUGGCGCGAGGGCGGGACGGCGUCAUGUAAGUCUGGCACUGUCACACGUAGGGCUAGGGUGUCAGGCCGUUUGCAAGGAACUACACAAAUGUAUUGACGUCGCGGUUGCGACAACAUGACUGCCGAAGCUUUACCAAUACGGAGUAGUGACGAACGGAGUGCUGAUUGGUAUAUUUUUUUGUAGAUUCGCACUCGCGUCGUACGAAGGAGAUGGCACGGAUUAUCGUUCGCCAGGACGGAGCGGUGAUGCGUAUCCAUUGACGGAUGUUCCACUGUAAGGCGACGUAGACCUUAGCGCUCCAUUUAUUUACUAAUCCUUAGUGUUAAGUCUCUUAUAGCAUAUUAUUUUCGUACAUUAUUUAUGAUCUAGCCCGCCAGUCAUGUUGGUCGCAUAACGUAAGAUUUUUUGUGCCUAAUAUUUUUAAGAACAAAUAUCUGUGAGUUAGUUCUAUGGUAAAACUAAAUAGGUUUCUGGUGCAAGUGCCGCCAUUUUAUUUGUAGGCUUUUACUGUAGUUUUGUUAAGAAGAGUAGACUUACGAAAUAGAUGAUUAACACAAUUUUAACUGACAGUCAAUCCGCAAUGAAAUGCGUCGGGCAUUUUGCGUUACAUUAUACGAUUUUGCAUGAUACAAUAUUUUGAUAUCGAUAUAACUUGAAUUUAGAAGAAUUAUUCAAAUAUUUUGUUUUGCUAAAUUACCUAUCUAAAUAUUUUCCAAAUAUUUGCUCAGAGAAAGUAUUCCAUUUUAUGUUAAUCUUUAUAUCCGCUAGUAAUUUUAUAUUUUCACGUACACGGGUAUUGUCGUGGAUUUUCAUUGCAGUGAAUGCGGUCACAAGCAGACUCGACUAUUUUAAGUUCCUAAAAACCCACCCGAUCUGUAUAAUAACCACUAAAACCUAGUUUGACGAACUAACAUAUUUUGAAGGGUUUCAUAAUUAAAUAAAGAUAGAUUUAACGUCUCUGGGUCAAAGAUUUUUGGAUAAAUCGCCUUCCAAGUAUGAGCUGUUUGCUACCUACUCAAAAGGGUAUAAGAACUUUGUAGGCAAGUUACUUAAAGAUAGACCUUUCAAAAUACCAAUUUCUUGCAAACGGUCAGUGAUAGUACAAAGUGGAAGAAAUGAUCAGUAUAAUAUUGCAGCUUUUUUGUUUUCAAACCCUUUAUAACUCGACAACUGUAAUGUGAGUAAUGCAGUACAGUUUUGAAAGAAAGACAUUUAAAAGAUUGACUAAUAGAAUCGAAUUGAAAUGGCUUCGAAUUUUUGUGGAUUAACCAACCGGGAUAUUGUUGUGAAAUAACAAGUCUAAAUUAAACUAAUUAUGUAUAACAGAUAGUUUUAUGACAUCUUGUUAAAUGACCUGUGAUUAUAUUGUAUUUAACCUCUUGUCUGUCGACAUUAUGAGACACAAUAGAAAACAUUGUGUCGCGUAAUCUGCGUUCCGAAACUUCACAGGAUAAUUUAUUUUUAACAAAAAACUGGACAUCAUACUUGUUUAAAAUGUCUUUAACAUUAAACCAUUGACAUUGAGUAUCCGAUCCCCAAAUUAACAUUCAAACAAUACUAGACAUUAGCUUAUAAUAAUUAUUAUCAAUCGAAACUUUCUUCCAAAGACAACCACAUUGAUAUUGUCGAGUUGUAAAUGUUAAUAAACAAUUUACAAAAUAAUAAAUCAUAGUACUUGCAAUACACUUUCUUCUACUUGAAAUUCAGGGUAAAAUAUUAAUUUUGCAGUUUUAAGUUUUAAUAUAAUUUGCCCUUCAUCAGACUCGUUCGUUUUGUGUGUGAAAAUUGCAUUUUUCACGUUCAAAUAGAUAUAACGAAAUGAUUCCACCUAGAUUAUAAGACUCAAUGUAGUUGUUCAUAAGGACCUUCAGGUAUUUAAGUUGUAUAUAUUCUAUAGACAAUUGAUAAUUAUAUAUGAAAGUAUAUAUCUGGUAAACAAUAACUUAAAAUUGAAAAAAAAAUAAAAAUAAAUGUAUAUACAAAAGGGA